GCGGUUGGCACAGCUGCCUGCAGGCGGAAGUGUGCGGUGUAAACAGUACCGGUGUAUCCGGCGGAGCUCGGACCUGUCAUGUUGCAGUUUAAUGACUCCGAUACGAGCCCGGCAGCUCUGGAGGUGCAGCUAAGCCCGGUGAAGAGCACGGCGGGGGCAGGGCCCAUGCCCUCGGGAGGUAACGUGCAAUCCCUGCGCUCCCUUACCGUGCACAAUCCUACCCUGCAGGCUCGGGUCAAGGAGUACUUCGUAUUCAGGCCUGGAACUCUUGAUCAAGCUGUAAAUGAUAUCCGUCUGGUAGUUUCACCCACAGAGGAUGGAGGCGUUCAGAGCGUCUGGCUGCUGACUGAAGUUGAUCAUUGGAACAAUGACAAAGAGCGCCUGGUCCUGAUAACCGAUAGAUCCCUCCUGAUCUGCAAGUAUGACUUCCUCAGCUUGCAGUGUGUGCAGGUGGUGCGUGUCGGGCUCAACGCCAUCGAUACCAUUUCUGUUGGAGAGUUUCAAUUUCCUCAUAUGUCUCUCAGCAGACGGGAAGGAGUUGGAAUUCGUAUUCUCUGGAAUAAAAGCAGCCAUACGUCUUUCAUGAACAAAUGGAAUCCUUGGUCGACCAACAUGCCGUAUUCCACCUUCACAGAACAUCCAAUGGCGCUAGCAGAGGAGAAGAUUGUCCCUCUCUGCAAGUUGGAAAACUUCCGGGAGCAGUUGAUCCAGGCAGUGAAGAGAGCCCAUCGAGAGAACCCACUGCCAGGUAGACCAAAUGGGGUGCUGGUAUUAGAACAGCCACUGGUGAUUGAAACUUACAUCGGACUAAUGUCUUUUAUCAACAACGAGGCCAAACUGGGAUAUUCCUUGUCAAGGGGCAAGAUUGGAUUUUGAUCGGGAAGAAGACAGACAUACGCCAGAUGGGGUUCAGAUUGUAUUAACCUGGACCCUUCGAACUGCUGCAUGUUUCAUAUGUCA